AUUACAAUGUAUAUGACAUGAACUGGAGAUUCAUGCAACAUCUGUGUAGACAUUUCAAUAAGAAAAAGAAACAGGAGAUUCCAGUGGCUGAAAACAUCCGUUGCCUUCAGGAUCUGACGAUUAUUAACAUAUGUUGAAAGGCGUACAAAACAAUGUGGCCCGUCCCGAGAAAUAGACAGAGCAGUAAUGGCAGACAAGGAGCAGCCAGUAGAUCGGGUAAUACUGAGAGAUAUAUUAGAGAACAGCGAGUUGUCCAGAGGUCCGGCAAUGGUUUUGUCAGCAAACAGAGAACAUUUGAAAGGUCGGGUAAUACUAAGACAUAUAUAAGAGAAGAGCGAGUUGUCAAGAGUUCCGGCAAUGGUAAUGUUAGCAAACAGAAAACAUUUGAAAGUUUUCACCGCGAGCAGAGAUCAGUCGAUAGAUCGGGUAAAACUGAGAGAUAUAUCAGAGAACAGCGAGUUGUCAAGAGUUCUGCCAAUAGUUAUGUCAGCAAUCAGAGAACAUUUGAAAGGUCGGGCAAUACUAAGAGAUAUAUCAGAGAACAGCGAGUUGUCAAGAGUUCCGGCAAUGGUUAUGUCAGCAAUCAGGGAACAUUUGAAAGGUCGAGUAAUACUGAGAGAUAUAUCAGAGAACAACGAGUUGUCCAGAGGUCCGGCAAUGGUUAUGUCAGCAAACAGAGAACAUUUGAAAGUUUUCACCGCGAGCAGAGAUCAGUCGAUAGCCCGUAUUCUCAAGCUUUAAGUAUAGGACCACCUUUGCAAGGAUCAAAUUUUCAACAAUUCGGUCCAGCACCUACAGACCAAAGGGAUCAAUACAGCUCAUACCCGUUGCACCAUUUUGACGCUUUAACACUUGGAGGACCCAGUGAUCCGUAUGGAAGAAAUCUUGGCCGUUCCAUACCAAGCGGAAAUUAUGGCUCUACUGGACCAAGCACGUAUGGAAACCACGGUCGAAUAAACUAUGGACAAUGCAAUGUGUGUUCAUAUAGUAUUUGUUGAAUUAAAAUAUUUCUACUUUCAAGUACAUAAUUUUUAAAAAGUUAAGGUUCGGUCAGUUAUGGUUCGAUCAAUCAAAAGCUUGUUCUCUUCUGCAAAAAUGAGCAAGGAAUGCAAUAGAAUGUAUCGGGAAGCGUAUGACGUCAGUACUAAAGUUCUCAGGAAAUUGUGACUAUUGUUUCACCUGGGGAAUACAGUGUAUUUAGACAAAUAUUUGACAUGUUGAAAAAUUCAUCCAUAUUUAAAUCAGUCAUUUCUUUUAAGUAACAUACUAGAGUGUUCUAUACAUUUACUCUGAAGGGCAAGCCCCUAAAAACUAUAUAUUCAGGAAUUGAAUGACCAGUCCUUACAAAAUGAAGUAAUAGAUGCAGAGAGACAGGCAAACUAUGACAUUACAUAUAUUUUAAGCAGUGUUAUGAUAUCUUUGUUGUAGAUGUUGAUAAAUUUGAAAAAAAAAUUCGCAAAUGUUUGAUGUUCUUCACAAAAACUUAUGGUAUGAACACAUAAUCUAGAUUAUCGCUUGUGCAUAUACUGUGACACUGUUAUCGAAGAUAAAUAACAUUUUAUGGAAUGCUUAUCUUAUUCACGGUAAUUGACAGUUUCUUAUAUUUGAUAUCGAAACAGAAAAUAGUAUUUAUUUUAAAGGCAACUAAAAAUGUAAAAUUUAAGAUUUAAUUUGAAAUGUCUCUUUAAACAUUUAUUAUUCGUUUAAAGAGUUAGACUAAUAUUUCAAGAGUUAUUUUAGAUAAUUUAAACAGAUUUUGUUCGUAAAUUUGUUUUGUUGUGAUUAUUAAUACAGGUAACGUAUCCGUUUCAUUUUGAUUGAUUAUGAACAUAUUAUGUUUUGGUCGGAACCCAAAUAUACAAACAGCGAGAUUGAAAUUGUAUUUCAUGAAAAUUAUGUAAA